AUGGGUUCGAUGACAGAGAGCGCCAACAGUUCCAACGGCACACUCCAUGCCCUCGAGCACGUCCCCACUACUCCUGGGCCGAGCUGCCGGUCUCAACUUGCCAUGCACGACUCACGAGGCAUGGACACUGAGAGUCCUUCCUCCACCUGCGAUGAGGCCCUCGAAUCUCAAACCUACGACUCGCUCCCUAGUAGCCCGCGCUCCACAAGCGGGGUAUUCCCAGGCGUCCGGAUGAGCAGUCGUUCCCAGAUCGGCACGGUUUCUGCUGCCAUACCUAUUGGAACUGCCUUGUGCGCUGGCGUGGCGAAUUUAGCAUCACACAUCCUCGAGGUCAAUACGGCGCCCGAACAAUUGGCGAGGGCUGCAGACGCUUCGCCGGUCAAGCGACGAGUACGGGGGGGACGCGCCUCUAGAAGACAUCGACAAGUGGAGCGGAGCACAGAUGCUGCAGACUUGGUGGUUCCUAACCGGCGGAGCAGUCUAACCCUGACGUUGCAAGAAGCUUCCGAUCUAGCAAGGGGAGUGCUGGGGCUGACUGAGGCGGACAGGCCACCAUUGCCCACUCAACUCUCAGCGGCGCGUGAGACAGAAGGAAGCGCUGACGAGAGCUUGCCGCUCACGAUCGAUACCAACGUCCCCACUGAGAUUGGCAGGACACUUUCGACGUCGACUGCAGGCACGGAUCAGUCCAGUACCGUGGAGAGUUCUGGAACAGCGGCGACUUCUGAAGCGCCAUCGUCGAUCGAUCAGGUAGAGGUCGGAGUUGUCACUUCGCUUGAUGGGAGCAAAAUCCGCGAGCCGUCGUCGGAAGAACGUCCAAGGGAUGAAGGCGCCGAAAGAGGCUUAGCUUCGCAUUCAGAAGGUCGGCGUGAAACUACCACGAGCGCGGCUCAGAGCGUGGCCAGCUUCACGAAGAUGCGUCGACUUCACGCCCUAUAUGAGCUGGUCGAGACCGAGCGUUCUUAUGCAGAUGAUCUUGGCUUGCUUGUCGAAGUGUUCUUUCGCAACCUUGGAGAUCAGCCUUUCUUCUCCGAGCGCAGUGAUCGCAUCGAUACUGUUCAGCGUAAUGCGGCGGAGCUGCUCCUGCUGCAUCGCGAGAUGGCAGACAACAUGGAGCGAAUUCUGGAGGAGCAUGGCGUAUCGCCUUCGGACGUGCUGUCAAAAGCCUCAGGAAGUCACAUUGCUGCCAGCGCCGAAGCGGAAGCAGCUACCAGCCGCAUUGCAAAGUAUUUCGGCAAGCUUGGGCCGCGAUUCGCGAUCUACCAGGACUUUUGCUCCCGGCACGGCGAAGCAUUAUCCCUGGUCCGCGAUGCUGAGCGCCGGCACGGCGGCGAUGAUUGGCGGAGCUACGAACGGUGUUGCAGCAACAUUUUGCGAGGCUUUUCUCGCUCGCCCACGCCUAGAAAUGGCCUCUCCCGAGCAAACUCUAACCAGGGGACUUCGAGCGCAGGAAGCCUUGGCAUCGCGCCCAUGACGCCUACAGCCACCAUCGCCCCACUGUCUCCGCUGUACGACCAUGCGCGCGCUCCGAGCUCGCCUGAUCAAGCCUUUGGUGCCUCAUUCAUUCAACUACCACUCGUCGCUACACCAGCCUCCGAGACAAGCUCGACUGGCGGAAUGCUUCGAGAUGGAGCUGCGAGAUUGUUGUUCUCGGACUACUUUGUGAAGCCGAUCCAACGUCUGUGCUUGUAUCCGGUCGUCCUGAGCACUCUGCUCAAGUACAGCGACGAUGGCGACCCUUCUCACGCGGCGCUCAGUGAAGCUCUAGCGACGAUGCGCCACGUAGCAGAGGAUGUUGACGAGGCGGGCAAGGAGCGAGAGAAGGUGCUGAUGGCAGCCCUGAUCAGUUCGCGUGUUGAGGCAACGCUGGUGAGUCCGAGCGAAUGCAGCGCGGAUGGUGCAGAUUCUUUGCUGAGACCUUCCAUCUGCCACCUCACUCAGAGUGUGACACCGACGCUGAUCGCGUCGCUCGGACACUGCCUUCUUGCUGGCGCCCUCGACGUGAUGCAUCAUCACUCGGUCCUCCAGCCCUUGACUGCACCGCUUCGUUUCAAGUACUUUGCUGUCUUUGUGUACGAAGGUUUUGUUCUCUUUGCGAAGGUCCGCAAGCCGAGCGUCUACGAGCCCAAGUUCUGGUUUCCACUGUGGGCUGCCAAAUUGUACGACGGCAAGCAAGGCUUUUUCAGUCGACUUGGGAGCGAGGAAGCGCCAGCGACGUCGCGAGAAUACGCCUCCGUGCUACCCUAUUCCUGCAGGCUGAUCUGCCUUGGAGGUCACAACUUCGAGCUGGUGGCUUCUUCUGCUCGCGAGAAAGAGGCGUGGGUGGCGACGCUAGCACAAGCGAUCGCUCAUGCCCCCUUUUCACCGCCGAAAGGUGGUCCAAGCAGCUUCCCGUCAAGCCUGGGCGACUACUCCAUCGCUAGCGAUGACCUCCGCGUGUCAGGUCUGGCAGAGGAGCACUCCGACGCGUUCCUCGACGCUGACCCCUUGGGCACAUUCUUGACAGAGAACGCUGCUGCACCUUCUCCUGCCGAUAUCCUAGUGCGACAUUCUCCCUUAUCGGCACGAGCAGCAGUGGAUCGAGCAAUGAUCUUCUCGGAAGCCAUUGUCGCCGCGCGCGCUGGUGCCAUGAGAGAACGAGGAGAUCAGUCCUCAAACACCCCCUCGAUCGGCGCUGCUGUGGGGGCAGCUAUUGGGGGCCUUGCUCGAGCUGCUGCACGGAAGGCGCCGCGCCGCGCCAGUACUCUUUUCGCGGACGAUGAAAGACCUGUGCUGGAGGAUGGUACACCUAGAGAGAGCACAUCUCCAACGCUCGUCGCGAGUCCGACCAAGCUGGACACCCAACUCGCACCUGCGUCAACGAUGACUACUGCUUCCCCAACCUGGAAGGUGCGCACAGCUCGCUCGCGACCGCCCUUGUUGUCCGUGCCUGCACAGCAAAGUAGCAGCUCCACAAAUAACAGCACGUCCCCCAUUCAGUCCGUUGCACAGCCAGACGGCAAGCGGAACUCAUUCGCAGCUGAUGCAGCCGUUCCGAGACGGAAGAGCUUCGUCGACGAUCGAAGAUCUUCCAGCUCCAGGCCUCCCAGCACUCGCAACAACUCGAGCAUGACGAAUCUGAAGAAUAUGUGGACGUCGCGCAGUAGGACAAGCUCCGCGGAAUUCGACCUUAACGAGCUGACUGCUCGUGCCGCAGCAGGGGCGGACGCACACGCAACAGGCCAGUAUGCGCAUAGUCGCGCUUCUGUUCACCUAGCUGAAGACGCCGACCGGGCUUCGCCUGUCGAGCUGCUCCUCACUGACAUGGAAGAGCAGCCGGGCAACGAUGGGCAUUUGACCUUCACAUCCCGAGCUUCAACUUUAAAGGGAGCGUUCAGCCUUCGCAGGCGGCAGCGUAGCGGAAGCGCAUCGUCGGAUUUUGGACCGCCUCCUCUGGCGGGCACCAUCACUCCUUAUAAUCAAUCUCGGUCUGUCGUCAGCUCGCGGGAGUCCCUAAAUGUGACACCUUCGCCCCACAAGCUCGCGGCUCGCCUUGCCCAGAGCAGUCGCGAUUCACUGCGGCGCUCUUUUACUUUAGGCAGCAAGGGCAAGCAGCGUGCUAUGAGCCUGCCUAGUGCAGUCGACGAUGACGGAGCACUGCGGUCCGGCAAUCCGAACGCAAUCCUUUCUGCGGAGUCUGUCGCGAGUCGAGAGUCUCUCUCGCCAAUCGCCACACCUUCUGAUCGCGGCAGCGGUCACACUAGCCCUUCUCUUUCGGCUGAUGAUGGGCAUGUCCGAAUUCCGAGUGCAGGCGCUGAGGACGGACAAGCAUCAAGUAGCCCUGGACCUUUACCUGCCCUGACCUUGGCAUGCGAAGCUUCCACUGUGCGUCCGGGCUUCCUGAAUGGCACACUCAAGAACACGCGCCGGCUCUCCACACGCUUCCUGGGCAGUCGUUCGACUCCCCCCUUGUCGGGACUCAGAUCCGUUGCCGAAACCACGCAGGAGCACGCAUUUGGUGUGAUGCAGCCGUCGGAGCCCAAUCAGACUACCGCCGCCGUCAAGCUAGCCAAUGCGCCAGAGCGCGAGAGAACGACCUCGACCACGCGACCAAGAUCAAGUUCACUUCAGACAUCUGCUUCCCAGGAGGCCUCAAACUGA